UGUCACAAACGUCACACAUUAAUCAUUUGUACAUUUUCCUAAAUUGUCAGUAAUAAAACUCCUCAAUCAUGCAGUACAUAGACGGAGUGACUGUAGAACAAUUACUAAACAUGAUCCAGUCAAAAGAAGAAAUGCAAGCAAUAUUUUUCUUAAGUCUGUGUUGUUUGGGGGCUUGGGUUGUAUUGUCUUGGAUAAUUCAGUUACUCCGAUCCAUUUUGUGGAUUUGGCCUUUAUUUCUCCUCACUGCACUUUUAUUAGUCAUGCCUUCGUUGAGAAUGACUUUGACGCAAGAAAUAAUCCCGAAACAAGUCGACGACCUUAUCAAUAUUAUCGAUACGAAAUAUCACCAUCACUAUCACAACGAAAGUGUAAAGUGGUAUUAAAACAGAUUUGUGACAAGCUUUUGAAUAAAGUUUUUGAUUCCAA